AUGAAUGUUUUCCACCGCAGCGCACGUAGGAGCAAAGGGAAUCAGCAUCCCCACGACCUCGUUUUGGGCCAAAGCCACAAUCAGGCAGGAGGUUACAAAGGAGCAUCACUCCAUCCAAACGCACAAAGAAAUGGGCGAAAGCAUGUUAAACACGAGAAUAAAUCCUUGAUGAGAACGCGUAUUCCAUUUUUGACCAAAGUCAAGCGCGCACUCGGAAUCCACAACGCUCCCCGCCGCAGGCGGCACACUAACGUAUUGAGGCGGAACCAGCUUUGA